GGAGCCGGAGCUGGAGAGAGAGGUACCCACGCUAGCUGGACCUUGGAGAGAUACUCAGGCAACAACAAGGCCAAUUAUUCUUUGCCCCCAUGUCAUCUUAUCAGCUCUGAAAGAUUCUGAAGUUUUAAACGGGGGAGAAGGUGAUGCCAUGGCAGCUAUUCCAACGCCACCAUUACCAACAGAAAAGCUACUGACCAGCCCAUUUAUGAAGAAGAUGAAUACACCGACUUUGCAAGAGGAUGCCAACGUGGCUGUCAUAGGAGCCGUCAUCGCUGUGGUUUUCGUCACUCUCCUUUCGGUCGUCGUGCUGAUCAUCGUUUACCUGUACAAGAACAAAGGCACCUACCGCACCUAUGAACAAGCUCCACCGGAUCCAGAGGGGUCGGUCCAAAUGGAGGAUCUCCCGUGUAAAGGCGAGAAGGAAGAAUAUUUUAUAUAGAUGCCAGCAUGCUUUGGACACUGAGAUCUUCAGUAAACCGUUUAUUACGUUGUAAACUGUUUAUUACGUUUGACACCCAUUUUGGUCAAGGAAUUAAAGCUGUAUUAUUUAUUUCA